GGAUCGCUUCCCUUCCUUUCGCUCUUUCCUCCUGAGCGGCGAGGGGCUCCGGCCAUGUCCGGCUUCCGCGCGCUGGGCCUGUCGCCCUGGCUGGUGUCGCAGGCGGAGCAGCUGGGCCUGUCGAGGCCCGCGCCGGUGCAGGAGGCCUGCAUCCCGCCCGCCCUGCAAGGCCGUGACUGCAUGGGCUGUGCCCAGACUGGCAGCGGCAAGACGGCCGCCUUUGUGCUGCCCAUCCUGCAGAAGCUCUCUGAAGAUCCAUAUGGCAUCUUCUGCCUGGUGCUGACGCCCACGAGGGAACUGGCCCACCAGAUUGCCGAGCAGUUCCGGGUCUUGGGGAAGCCGCUGGGCCUAAAGGACUGCAUCAUCGUUGGUGGGAUGGAUAUGGUUGCUCAAGCCCUAGAGCUGUCCCGUAAGCCCCACGUCGUCAUCGCCACCCCGGGUCGGCUGGCCGACCACCUGCGAAGUUCCAACACCUUCAGCCUUCAAAAGAUCAAGUUCUUGGUCCUGGAUGAAGCUGACCGGCUGCUGGAGCAGGGCUGCACUGACUUCACCAAAGACCUGGAAGUCAUCUUGGCAGCAGUCCCAGCCAGCAGGCAGACAAUGCUCUUCAGUGCCACUCUGACCGACACCCUGAACGAACUCAAGCAGAUCGCCAUGAACAAGCCCUUCUUCUGGGAGUCCAAAUCCGAAGUCCGGACAGUGGAGCAGCUGGACCAGCGUUACCUGCUGGUGCCUGAGAAGGUGAAGGACGCCUACCUGGUCCACCUGGUCCAGACAUUCCAGGACGAGCAUGAAGACUGGUCCAUCAUCAUCUUCACCAACACGUGCAAGAACUGCCAAAUCCUGAAUAUGAUGCUCAGGAGGUUCAACUUCCCUUCGGUGGCUCUGCACUCCAUGAUGAAGCAGAAGCAGCGCUUUGCAGCCCUGGCCAAGUUCAAAUCCAGCGUCUUUAAGAUUCUCAUCGCUACAGAUGUGGCCGCCAGGGGCCUCGACAUCCCCACAGUCCAAGUGGUCAUCAACCACAACACGCCGGGGCUCCCCAAAAUCUACAUCCACCGGGUAGGCCGAACUGCCCGGGCAGGCCGAAGCGGCAUCGCCAUCACGCUGGUGACGCAGUAUGACAUCCACCUGGUCCACGCCAUCGAGGAGCAGAUCAAGCUGAAGCUUCAGGAGUUCUCUGUGGAGGAGCACAGCGUACUGAACAUCCUUACCCAAGUGAACGUUGUGCGGCGGGAAUGUGAGAUUAGAUUGGAGGCGACCGAUUUUGAUGAGAAGAAGGAAAUAAACAAACGGAAACAGAUGAUCCUAGAAGGAAAGGACCCAGACCUGGAAGCACAGCGAAAGGCUGAGCUGGCAAAGAUCAAGAAGAAGAAUGUUGAGUUUCGGAGCAAAGUCCAGCAGGUCCUGGAAGACAAGAAGCAGGUUGUCCUCCAUCGGAAGCUACGGAAGAAGCGGCAGCGGCGGAAGCAGACGGCGGCAGAGAAGUGAGGCUGCCGACCCCCCACCCUGCAGGGCUCUUGUGCCUCCCGUCUGGUGUGGGGAAGAAGUGGCGCGGUCCCACCUCUGCCCACCAGGGCUGGCCCCAGGCUGAGAAGGGCACCCCAGAGCCAAGAUGGUCUCCAUCAAAAGUCAUUUCUGGGGGCAGAAGGGGGGGGCUGCAGACAGGACAGGAGGAUGCUGGGAAUCCAGUUUUAUUGAAAUUUUCCAUGAUACAAUAAAAAGAACGGACUAAUCUACAAAGUCUAAUAACAAGAGAGAAAUUGGAAGAAAAGAAAGGAGACAGGAAACUACAAAGCCCUCUCUCGCUGCUGUAUCUUAACUUUUAUCCCAUACAGAGAAAGGUGAGCCUUCCCAACUCUCACCUGGGAGUCUCCCUCUCUCUCCAAGCCUCUCACCCUGGGAGAUCGCUGGGAAUCCAGUUUCCCAGGAAAUCUGAAUACGGAACAGGGCACCUUAUCUUCAUCAGUUUACCAUGGUUACUCUCGUGCCUGUACAGGAGUAUCUCUUGUUCCACACAGUUGCUUUUGACCCCUCAAGAUAGUCUGAUUUCAAACUGGUCCCUUCAUUACAGGAUCACCUACAAACGAAUUCCUUAGUUACAGGACCACCUUCAUUGUCUCCUCGAUGUUUCUACUCUCUUCUCGUACCCACACUCUGCUGACAGAUGCCGAAAACAGUUGCCCCACCCAGCUUUUCCUGGGUCCUUUGUGGUUUGGAUCCUUAGGACUGCAGCGAUGGAAGGUCUCUCAGCCCCAGAAAUCCAGCUGUUGGGAAAACAGGGUGCCUCCUCUAAAUUAUAAGCCACGGGGAGGAGGAAAUAUCAGCGUUUCUGUCUCAUUUGGGGUGGCUGCACCUCCGCUUGGGAGUUGGGCUGUUAAGAUCUUCAGGAAGAGAAGCUGAAACCUGCCAACAGUGUGUUCAUUUGCAAACUCUCGGCACAUUCUCAGGGUUCUCGUCCCAUGACGAAGAAGUCGGGAACAGAAGAGACUGGCCAAAAUGAAAAUUUGUGAGAUACCGACUCUCCUCCUGCUGCAGAGUCUUUGCCCUGCGUGGCUGGAGGGCGGCAGGUUGGAAAGGCUGCUCUCUAACCCUGACAACUAAGACCAGUAACCCCCAAACUCUCUGUCAAUAAAUACAAAUUCCGGCGAGUCCAGCCUACCCAAA